UCAGCGGAUCCCGGCGAUGGGUGAUACGCACAUGGGGCUAACGGGAUAAUUACAUUGCCACUUCGACAAAAUAAAGCCAUACGUUCUGUAAGUAUUAUUUAUUAGGCACGUUUCUUAGGCUAACUAUCGCAUUCUGUACCGAGGAAUAAGAAGUAACAGAACCACUUAACUAAGCAAAUUGUCCGAGGCUGUGCGGAACUAGAAACGGACUGUGCUGUAGAUUGGGCCGGGUUUGGAGAGGAUUCUGGGCAUUCCAGUAGUGUAUCUGGAUUGAGAGAAGAACGUUUUCAGUUGAGAAAAUACGUUUACAUAAAUAAAUACAUUAAGAAAGAAAGAAGAAAAGAGACUGAAACAGACCACACCAGGAAACUUUAUGACCCCCCUGGUUGGUUUCAGCUUUUUGUGGAUCACAGCAGUAUGUUCCAGAAGCCAUCUGGAAAAUGAGGAGCCAGACCAGGCUGUGUUUGUGGAGCUGCAUUCCUCAAAGGGAGCCUGCCCCGCGUGAUCGGCACAAGCACGCCUGCUGCACGCACGGGGAUAGCGUCUACCUGUUCGGGGGUCGAGAAACUAAUGUGCACAAUGACUUCUGGAGGUACAGUGUUGUCUCCAACGAGUGGCAAGAACUGGACUGCAACACAGCCGGGGCCCCCGAGGAGCUGGAGGAGCACACAAUGGGGGCUCAUCAGGGGGUCUUGUACGUCUUCGGAGGGAUGCUGGAUUCUGCGUAUACCGAGGGGAAAACACCUCUUUGGAUGUAUGCUAUAGAUAAAGAGGAAUGGGUGCACUGGCAGAGGACAGCUAACAAUGAUGGGAGGCCAGUUCCGAUAAACAGGAAAGGCCACAGUGCAGUUAUCUGGGAUUCCACGAUGCACGUUUACGGUGGAUACAUUGACAUGAAAGGAUCUUCCCAGGAAUUCUGGACUUUCCGUUUUGACUCCCAGGAAUGGUCGUUGCUGGCCCCCUCGUCGUCCGAUGCUGGCCCGGGGCCUCGUCAUGGCCACUCUGCCACGGUGUACAGGGACGCCAUGUUCCUGUAUGGGGGGCUGAUGGGUCUUAGGGAGCAGAGCGACUUCUGGAAAUGGAAUUUCUUAAGCCAGUCCUGGUCCUGCAUCAAAACACUGUCCGGUCCAUCCAGGCUGAUUGGGCACUCUGCUGUUGUGUAUAAAGACUGCAUGCUACUCUUUGGGGGAGGAGAGACCCAGAAUUUCCCUAAAAACAUCUUGUGGAAGUUCAGCUUCACCUCGCUGAGCUGGGAGAAACUGGGAACCUCAACAGGCACCAUGCCUCCCUCCAAAAUCUACCACUGCUGUGCAGGACUGGGGCCCAGCUUCCAGCCGCGCAGCAGCAGAGACUGCUCACCGCAGGGGAGUCCCACCGACCACAAGAGAGACGACUGCUCCAAAUACAGGCCUUUCAAAAACAGAUGCUCCCCGGCUUCCAAUUGCGUGGCACCCAAGUGUCUGGAGGAGGGGAUUGAAAUGCAAACCUUCUUCAUUCAGAGCAAGGUGGAGGCUCCCUCCUCCGGGCUGGAGCCCCAGGGGGACAGGGAGAAAGACACUCUCCUUCGCAGCCCUGUAUGGAAGGAGAGCGGCAUCGCUGACCGCAUUGCCUGCGAAGGACCCCCUCUCCAGGACUCUCUCAUUAGCUAUCUAGAGGCAGAGGACAGCAUGGCAGCCUGUCUUCCAGAUUCACUGCUGGUAAUCGGAGGGAAACCCUGGUGCAACCAGAACUCCAUUUCCAUUUGGCAAAUGACGCCGCGUGAUGUUCAGAGGCACGGGCGGAAAGCAGACUCUGCAGGUGUAGAAGAAGCUUCCAGUCAAUGAAUGAG